AUGUCGCUUGCUCUCGCCCCUCUGCGCCAGGCUGGAGCGAAGCUGGCUGCUUCACGCCAGCUUCGGCGGUCCGCGGGCAGACUAGUUUACGCUUCCAUUCCACGAGCCAGUUACAGUGAUUCGACCGAAGCCUAUGCGGCUCCCAGGGCAUCGAGACAGAUUGUGAGGAAGAUUCCAUCUCCGCCUGUUAGGGAAUCAUCAACCACGGAAAAACCGCUCGUGCGGAUGCUCACAACACCCGACGCUCCGUCCAUCCGUGACAUCGCCGCACGUACUGUUGAGGUUCAAGAUGGUCAAUUGGUUGUGACAUGGAGCAAUGACAUUCCUGGUUAUGACGAAUCUCAUGUCUCAACAUUUUCCCCAGAGCAAUUGUCUACUCUGACCGCGGUUGAGAAAUUUUUCCGGGCCAAGGAGGGUCGUCGUACGUCAUGGAAUAAAUCUAUCAUGGACCAGAGCCAGCAUUGGGUAUCAUUCAAAGAUUACAUGGAGGAUGAUUUACAAUUCUUCCUUGCCAUGCGUACUUUGAAACACCUGGGUUUAAUUUUUGUCAAGGAUAUCCCGGAGUCGCCUGAGAUGGUUGAGAAGAUUGCAACUCGCAUGGGCCCUCUGCGAAACUCUUUCUACGGCUCAACAUGGGAUGUGCGCAGUGUUCCAGAUGCCAAAAACGUUGCCUAUACCAACAAACAUCUUGACUUUCACAUGGACCUGUUAUAUAUGAAAGAUCCACCUGGAUACCAGUUGCUUCACUGCCUAAGAAACUCCUUUUCAGGCGGCGAAUCGCUUUUUUCAGACACAUUCCAGGCCGCGGUACGUUUGCUACGAAACGACCCCAUUCUAUUCGACAUUCUCUGCAAAACUCCCACCCGUUUUGAGUACAAGAACAAUAACCAGCAUUACCAAUAUUCCCACCCUACAAUCGAGAUCGAGGGUGGAGAGGAAUUCCUCAAAAACCCACCCAAGAAAAACCCCGUUCCUUACGUCAACUACGUUAACUACUCCCCGCCAUUCCAAGCACCCUCCUAUCUCACAAAGCAUCUAGUUGACGGUCGAGAUAUAAAACUCUACGUCAGAGCCAUGAAAGCCUUUGCGGCUGAGCUUGGCAAGCAAGAAAACAUAUUCCAAGUUAAACUGGAGCCAGGCCAAUGCGUAAUAUUCCAAAAUCGCCGCGUGGUGCAUGCGAGGAACGCAUUUGACCUUUCUGGGACAGGUCAUGGGGACAGCGGCGGCGAACGGUGGCUGCGUGGUGCGUAUGUGGAUGAGGAUGCGUUGAGGUCGACGUUCCGCCUGUUAAGCGAACGGGACUACUUCAGUUGGAUCAACCACCCCACGCGCAAACUUGUGGAGGAUAUGUACUCACGGAAUGUGCAGGCUGCGACGGAGGAUGCCAAUGGAGUUAAGGAUCAAAAUCAAGGCGACCAGCGGGCAGGAAUUCAGGGCCUCGCGUCAUUACUUCCGUAA